UUCCCUCUAAUGAUUGUUCAGAGAUAUGAGAUCCCCAAGAUCCCCAACCCCCAAAAGUACUACUAUAAUCUGGAAUGAAGCAGAGCUAAGAUCAUUCAUCAAUCUCAUGGUUGAUAAUGUCCGAAACGGAUUGAAGACAAACUCAACAUUCACAAAGGUUGGUUGGGACAACAUUACAAAAGGGCUUGAAGCCGAAUUCAAAAGGCCCUUUGCGAAAGUACAACUACGUAACAAGAUGAAUAAGUUACGCAAGGAGUACAACAGCUUCAGGGCUUUGUUAGAAACAACUGGUUUUGGAUGGGAUGCGAAUGCUCGGACUGCCACAGCUGAUGAUUCAGUAUGGGAAUCUGCUAUUCAGGGAAACAAGGAUUGGGCAAAGUAUAGAAGAAAUGGUCUCCCCAUGUGGCCAGAGUUGUUAGAGAUCUUCUCCGACUCUAGUGCCCGUGGGGAUAGAGUGAUGCUUGUACUGGGACACCCAAGGGGUCAGCUCCUCCGAAGCGGCGACUUGAUAGGACUCCUACGGAUCGUAGGAGGAAGAGCCACACACGGACAUUGACGAACUCCGCUGAGGACUUUA